AUGGCAUCGUUGGCUGAAGAAUUAAGUAAACUUGCAAAUCCUAUUCCAAAAUUUAGGGAUCCAGAAGAUGAAUUAGACGAAGGUCUCUCUAAUCAGAUCAGUUCUCAGUACAUCAAUACAACAGAGCUCCAGUCUGAGGAUGUAGAUCCCAGUAGACUAAGACGUCAAGCAGUCCAUCUCCUAUCAGAUUCAGAUGUCAAGUACCAAGGGAGAAAGGCAUCCAGAAAAUCUCUGGCUGAAGAGAAUGGAGAUUUGUCAUCAGCCUCAGUUGAUUUUGACUUGAGAAGGAGGAGUUCCUUUCAUGAGGAUCACACAGAUGAAGAAGAUAAAAGUGAGGAGAGCUCCUCUGAGCAAGGAAACUCUUCACAGGAAGAUGACGAUGUGGAUAUCUCAACCUUCAAGAAGCAGUUGGAGUUAAAAACUGCCUUGGGCAAAGAGGGGAAAGAGUUUCAGUAUGACGAUAACGGUGACUUUGGUCAAUAUGGAGAUAUGUCUGAUGACAUGGAUGAGAGUGAUGGUGGUGAUGACACUGAGGAUGAUGACAGCCUGGAUGAUGGCUCAGAGGGAGACAGUGGUGUGGAGAACGAUGACAAGGAAGAAGGCAAAGAAGAUAUCUCCAGUUUUUUGAAAUCUGACAUAUCAGAGGAAAUUGAAAAAGGAAAAGCUGUGAAACAUCAAAUUAGUUUAUGGGACAGCCUGUUAGAGGGUCGAAUCAAACUCCAGAAGGCUGUGACCUUAGUAAAUCAGCUGCCCCAGCCAGACACUUGGCAGAUGUUUGAGCAGGAAGGGGGAGACAACUUUACUGAAGCAUCAAGACAGAGUCGACUUGCUGUUAAGACUCUCCUGGAUAACCUUAUAGAACUUCAGACUUUGUUGUUGGUACAGAAUCCCGAGACCAAGUUUAUUGUGACUGGUCAGAAAGACAUCAGGAGUUCUGCUCCACCCAAAAUAGAUUCUGAUGAUGAAGAGAUAACAAGUGAAUCUGAAACAGAGGAAAAGUGUACCAGUACUUUGAAAUCUGAGUCUGUCAUACCAAAGUACCUGAAACGAAAGUUAACCAUGGAAGAUUACCCAGAGUUCCUGGCAAAGCGACACGCUGAUUUUCAAGCCUUCAGAAACACCACCAUUCAAAAGUGGAGUGACAAAACAAGACUGGCCACUGGGAAAUUGAAAAGCAAAUCGUUUGGUGCUUUUGAACUCUCCGCCUUGAAGCAAAUUGAACAGAUAAUGGCUGAUAAGGACCGCCUCAUUAAAAGAACACAAUUGAAGAGAAGUGUGUAUAAAAUCUUGGGAAAAGAAGAGAAGGUGGAGAAUGAUUCUGUCAUGGAGACGAGUACAGAGGCAGAUAUUCCUAAUCAAGUCUCAAAAGAAAACCCCACCAAAACACAUGAUGAAGAAAUAUUUGAUGAUGAUGACUUUUACCACCAACUUCUACGGGAAUUGAUUGAGAGAAAAACAUCAGACGUUAGUGACCCGGUGACAUUGAGCAGGCAGUGGCUUGAAAUCCAAAGGUUGAGGACUAAAGUGAAGAAGAAAGUCGACACGAAAGCAAGCAAGGGGAGAAAACUCAGAUAUGAUGUCCACAAAAAGCUUGUGAAUUUUAUGGCCCCUGUUGAUCACAGCACCUGGCUAGAAGAAUCAAAAGAUGAUCUGUACAGAUCUUUGUUUGGGAAGAGAUUUGAGUCUGUUAAUAAAACAGUCUCCAACGGAUGAUAUAUUCCAACAAGAUUUUUUUUAAACUGCCUACAUUAAUUAAACCUUCAACAUUUUUGAAAGUGUGUGGAUGUGUUUUACAGCAGUUAUACACAUAUGUUGUCACCAUUUUCACACCAGGCCACAGUUAUUGGGAAAUUUAUAAAUUACACUGUGUUAACUCUUCUACUGGAAAAUUUGAGAGCAAUUUUGAAGAUUGGAAUACGGCCUAUUUCAAUUUAUUUUGCUCUAAAAUAUGGACACUGUUGAUCAUUGAUGUACAGAUUUGAUUAUGAAAAGUAUGUUUUGAUCAUUGAAAUGAUGUUUGAUCAUUGAAAUAAAAUUUUGAUCAUUUAAAUGAAGUUUUGAUCCUGAAUAAAGAAAGUAAAAGGCAGAGGCAAACAAAUGAAUUGAGAUGUAUGAGGUUAUUUAUUUUAAACCUUCCAACAAAUAUGUUGUAUUUGUCAAAGUAACUCCUGGACAGUAUGUGAUCUUAAAAUGAAAAAAAGAUGUUGAGAUGAAUUAUUACAGGACAAACCUUAUUGAACCGGCCAAUAUAUCGGAAGUUCCACAAAAAAAGAAACAAAGUAAAAUGAAAUGAAUAAAUUAUGAGUAGUCCCAAUGUGAACGUCUUGUCAAUUAUGUUUCUUCAUACAGUAGUAUGAAUUUGUUCUCUCAGUGGAGGACCAUGAGUACAGUGUAAAACACCAGUCAAAUCAAAUAAAUCUCAGUGGAGGUGAUCGCAUAAUUUCAGACUAACCGGAUCCAUCGGGGGGGUCAGGUUGUAC